UCGUCUGAUAGUGUGGAACAGUUUGCCGUUUUUUUUUCCUAUGGUACAAGUAUUUUAUCCAGAGUGAAUCCUGUAUUGCUUCAUGAAUUUUAAAUGCGUGAACUUUUUUCCGAGCUGUCAUUUGUUAUUCUUUAGAUUAUGAAUUUAGCGCUGUUGAAAGUGUAAUAAAUAAAGCAGAUAGUAAGUAUAUCGACAGAGAUAAGACCGUCGAGUAAUAAUAUGGUAGUAAUUAUACAUAAUUUUGAUGUAAUAAAUGAAUUACAAUGAUUCACUUAAAAUAACAGCUAUUGACUCUGUAUUGCGAACUGAAACUAUUUAAAAUGACUUGUGUAUUUUGAUAGACCGAUUUGUAAUUCAACAUCUAAAAUGAACAUAGUAAAGAACCUGUUAUGCAGAGUUGGGCAUUUAUUACUUAAUCUCAUUCAAGCUAUUCGUCGAGCUAUCUGUUGCAGAAGAAGAAAAGAACCUGAAUAUAUAUUACCUUUGACGAUUACUCAUGUGGUUGACAUGGAACAAAGCAAGUGGGAUGUUUGGCCUGAAACAGAGAAUAGGGUGCCUUUAAAUAGUAGUAACACUGUCAGAGCGGAUAAAGAACUCGAAAGUUCCAUGUUUCAACAACAACAGCAGCAGCAGCAACAACAACAAGAUGAACAGGAAGACUUUUUUAAAGAUAUGGUUCCUCAAAUAAGAAAGCCAAAAAAGCUUUAUAUUCGAAAUGAGGUGAGAGAUUCAGAUCAGGCAAGAAGCUCAUCUAAUCGUUUAGCUAUGGAUCCUAAAGCUGUAUUACCAGGUCCAGAUUUAGGGGUUAUAGAGGAUAAUCCAUCUAACUGGGAAAGUGAAAAUUUAGAUGAAAUUUGGGAUCCUGAUGUUUUAUUAAAAGAAAGCAAAAUGGCUGAACGAGAGAAAAGACUAGCAGAGCAUCAGCGGAGAAAACAAGAAAAAGAAAAGAAGCGUGCAUCUAGGCAAGAAUCUCUUAAUAAUAUGACAGUUUUGAGCUUAUUGGACUCAAAAGAUAAACCUAAAUAUUCGUGAUAUUAAAACAUGUUUUUAUUUGUUACAGACAUAAUUUUUUUACUACACUUAACAAAAAUUUCAAAAUAAAUAUUAUUGUGCUUUUAAA